AUGUUCCGCGUGAUGUACGUUUUCGUCGUGAUUCACGUUCUGCGCGGAUGCCCAAAAACUAUACGUACGUUUGGAAGACGUUUGUCAUUGCCGUUGUAACACUUCUGUGAUGAUAACACCUCUUUUGCAAUUUGUUAACAAAUAUUUUCCAGUGAAACGUUCCAAAUAAUCCUCCAAUUGGAAAGAAUACGUUUAGAGUCAUUGGGCAUGCAACUGAUGGUCUUUAAAAAGUGAUGCUGCUUGCGCUUAAAUUUUGUGCAACAAUUCAUGCAACAACUCAAUGUUAGUCUUUAAAAAACAGGUACUGUGCGUGGCUGAACGCCAACUUAGGGAGGUCUGAUGACGUUUCAUAAUAUAUGAGAAUUUGAGGAUAUGAGAUGUCCAUAUCUACCCCCUGUUUCCUCCAAUACUGCACAUCCAAAUGCCAUAUUAACAUUCCUCUUUUUUGAGCACCCGUCACGAUUUUUACCCAGGCUGAUUUAUUACUGAAGGUUUCAUCUUCGUAAAAUACAACAAUUGUGCGUAAUUACAUAACAGGCCGCGCAUUUUAAUGAUUUUGUCAAAUACGUCCUGCUGAACAAAAUUAGUUCAUUAGAGUCUAUGGAUAAUUUGCCCUACGUCCACCUGCACAGUAGAGAUGACUGAAGGAAAUUUGGUCGUCUGAGGUCCUGCGUCAGAGUCGGUAACAACGGAUUCAAUGACCUUAGCUUUCAGCUUGAUGCACAGGCCGUUUAAGAUUAGUCAGAACAGUCUGGUCAGCAGCGAAGGGAGGCAAACAGGAAAGCACAUAAUACCUGAAUGACUAAUUGGAAGGUCAUCAAGCGGUUGUUUUGGGGUCAGUACUCUCCGAUCGUUUAAUGUUCCCUAUUUUUAGAAGGCGAUUUUGGAUCUUAUGUAAUUUCCGAAAAAUCGACAGAUGGGCGGAAGGCAAGGGUCUAACAAUAAGUUCUUCAAUGUAACCGAACCACUGUGCAUAAGAAAGACACUGGGUUCGCGUUCACCACAUAUUGCAUCAGGCAUUCAGUGGAUUUUACAAAACGUGUCUUAACGAGCUUUGCGUCUUCAGAAGAGAAACGUCCGAUUUACUUAUAGCGGCAGUAUUCAUUCCUUCGAUGUCUACACCACCCGACACUGUUGCGUUGAAUAACUAUGUUCAAGCUGAAGCUGUAUUACGAUCCUGAUGGAAUGCAUAACAACUGUGAAUUUAUCAACUGCGCAAAUACUAUAUGCUAGGAUAAUCAUCUUUGACGUGUUAUAUAACCUUAUGCAGUUAUUCAUUCUCGUCAAUGAGAAUAGCUAUAAUGGUAUAGAGCAGUAUAUUUAAAACCUUUGAUGUCAGCAUAGGUGAUCUCAUGACAAAUUAGCUAAAGUAAUAAAUACACAACUCAGAAUCUCACUUAGUCAUCUGCUAGAGAAAUUAUUCUACUUUGUAACAUCAACAGCUUUUGUCUUCCGCAGUCCUUUCCAACUGGGGAGUGCCGCACGCAACUUAAACCCUGUUUAUGCAAAAUCCUGCUUGCCAUCCUAUGUAGGUAGCUGCAUGAUUACCUUUCACGCUAUAUACUGUUUACAGCCCACUCAGCAAAUACGUGGGAAAACUUACCCCAUUAUUACUGCCAGAAUACCCUAAUGCAAACUUAAUAUUUACGAGGUCAUAGCGUUUCUUUAUUUCGAGGUUACAUUUAAAACAUAAUAAACAGUGAUAUAACCACUUUAAUUUCAUACUUCUAGUUUGAAGGGAUGUUCGUAGCAUGUCCAGAUAGAAGUGGUCAACGACUUCUUAACGAUCAAUGUAAUUUCUUUUUCGAUAGCACUAACUCAUCAUGAAUCAAACGAGAGGAAUGCUGGAACUCCGAAUUCUUCAUCCAUUUGCGUAUCCCAGAAACUAUACCACUUUCCUGGUAAGCUAUACAAGGACAACGACGUAUUUCCCAUCGGCAAAAUCCCGUCUGAUACGCGGUACACGCACACCAUGUAUACUGGCCUCCUUCCAGCAGGGAUCCCAAACUUCCUUCAACCCAGUUAUAUCGAAAGAGUAUUGGGCGUCAAACCAGGUAAAUUACACCUUUCGGAUAUUGCUUAAUGGUCAGAUUUUCAAUGUCAAUCGUUGUUUGAGCUGUUGUUCGUUUCAAUAGAAUGGUUUUUUUUUAUUAAUUUAGCAACGAAUAAUGUGGACGAAACAUGCUAGGCAUAUACUUAGCCACUAAAAGACAUUGCAUAGUUAAUGUCUACCUGCAUACUAAUAAAUUUUGCUCGGUGGCGGCAGCAAUUAUAUAUGUCUCAUUUUGCAAGGUCGCACGACCUCCGUCAGUCUGGAACAACUUGGUACAAUGUUACAUCAAUCUUGAUUCUCUGCAUAUUGUUCCAUCGAAGUUUCCAUGUAUCAAGCUGCAAUACACUUCAGGCAACUGAGUUGAUCGUUUCUUUUUAUGAUUAAGGCACAUUAAGACUACUGCUAUAGCUCUACGUUUAACAGUAAAUCUUCGUCCUCGGAGAUGACAAGCAUCCUGGAGUAGACAAACCAAAUUCCAGUAAUUGGUGGGUUAUUGCUCCGAGACUGCAUUGAAUGCGUCAAUUAAUACACUUACUCGUCCACCCUAAAUAUUAGGUGUAGUAUAUUUUCAUUAUGCGCUUGCCAGAUAGCCGCUCACAUUUAUUAUUUGACCGAGAAUAUACUUGAUACGCUCGUAAGAUUUUUGAAUUCUUCUGCCUUUUUCUAGAAACGGCAAGGCUUAUCUCCGAACUCAUUCAAGGCCUUUUGACAGGAGCAUUUAGUGGUGUUAUUAUCGGGGUACGUUAGCAAUUCGACUACGUCUUCCCUAAAAAAUACCUGCCCAUAGAAUAGUCAUACUAUGCCAAGGAAAUCUGCUAACAUACACAGGUCUGUUAGAACCCACUUUUAUUUUCCUUUGACCCCGUGUUUAUCCCUCAUGACAACAUAAGUUUUGAAAUAUUAAGUAAUUAAAACGUCCGUCCCUGUCCCAUCGCUGUCCCAGGAAAACAGCUCGUCCACGGAGCCGGCACGUUCAUUCCUGCAUUGCACAGCACAAAUGGCCUGCAGGUCACACACUUAAUUCUCAUACAGUGUGAAGUAGGCUGGACGUAAGACUCAGCCAAGUGAGAAGCAAAUCAACCAGUUCCACCAUGACCUUGUGACCACUCCGCGUGCAGCUGACUAUAACAAGCGUACUGACUGCCACUUAAGUGGAUUGUCGACGGACCACGGCAGGUGCUAUUAACAUUAUGCGCUAGGCUCAGUUGUCGUAUUGGCAAUGUAAACGCCCUUACACAGUUUCCUGCUUUCGGGCUUGUAGAAUUAGCCACGUCAGAACUUAACCCUUGUUUGGAAUUGCGAUUCGUGUGAUAGCCGGUAUCUUGUAAUAUGCUAAUAUGUUGCGACAUAGUUUUUCUGAUAAACUACUUCUCCGCCAUUGCUGGCAGUGCCGCAAACCGUGAGAAAAGCAGUCGUGUUGCAUUAUGUUUAGAUUCAGCCGGAAACUUUGAAGUUUUACAGGCAACUACUGUUUUUUUCCAGAUCCCGAUGAUAAUGUUUAUGGAUUUCGUGCAUGAAAAAAACUUGCAAAUCGAACGGCAGCUGACAAGUGCUGAAAACGCGUGA